GAAAGAUAAGGGUUUAAUCUGUAAAUUUUGGAUCAGAAUCAUUAACAAACAAACAAAAAGUGUUAACUCACAAAACGCGUCGUUACGAUAGAGACGAAGAACAUAUGCAAAUCCUUUCGUCAAAGUAGAUCCGGAUCCUAGUUCGAUCUGUAUCGUUUUCGACGGAAUAACUUAAUUCCGGUGAGUGUCGCGGCACGCCGUUCUCUUCUUCAUAGCUGUAUCAGUGAAGGAUCAAUGGCGUCCAGGAGAAAUGUGCGGUAUGCUCAGCUUCCAGGAGAUGAAGAUGGCGAAGGUUAUGCAAAUGUUGGUGGUGGAAGGAGAGAUUACGAUCCCCGCUUCGAUUAUACACCGAAAUCAUUUGAUAGAGUUCCAUGGAGGUCCAUAGCACUAGCUGUGUUUCUUCUGUUCCUCGGUUGCUUGCUUCUCCUUCUGACCUUCUUCAUCUUCACUGGUCACAUGGAAGGAGAUAGCUCUCAAGGCUAUGCACUUCUCGUCCUUGGGAUCCUUACUUUCCUCCCUGUGAGUUUAAAGGCUCUGACACAUUUCACGAUUGUGGCUACAGGGUUCUACGAGACUCGGAUUGCUUACUAUUCAUGGAGAGGAGCUGAAGACUCAAAAGGACUGACUCAGCUCUGCGUCAGAGAGGAGUUGGAAUCUGAGUUCCCGAGAUUUUACGAUUACACCGAGCUGCUACGCAAUCAAUUUCUAUUGCAUUUGGCACAGGAGAUGGAUCAUUCUUCAAAUAGAUUCGGCAAUGGAGUGGAAUCGAUUUUACCAAACUACAAGCUUGGUAAAACUCUGGGAAUUGGAUCUUUUGGGAAGGUGAAAAUAGCUGAGCAUGUCGUCACGGGCCACAAGGUUGCUAUCAAAAUCCUCAACCGCCGUAAGAUCAAGAACAUGGAAAUGGAAGAGAAAGGUAACACAUGCAUUCUUAGGCUCUCUAGCUUUACAGAUUUCAAUAGUGAUUGCAAAAGGCAGUAUGAAGUAAUAGAGACCCCAAGUGACAUUUAUGUUGUAAUGGAGUAUGUAAAGUCUGGAGAGCUUUUUGAUUAUAUUGUGGAGAAAGGCAGAUUACAGGAGGAUGAGGCUCGUAACUUUUUCCAGCAGGUUAUAUCAGGAAAAUUAUAUGCUGGACCUGAAGUAGAUGUAUGGAGUUGCGGAGUGAUAUUGUAUGCUUUAUUAUGUGGUACUCUUCCAUUUGAUGAUGAAAACAUUCCCAACCUUUUCAAGAAAAUAAAGGGUGGGAUUUACACUCUUCCAAGUCAUUUAUCAUCUGAUGCUAGAGACCUGAUCCCAAGGAUGCUUAUAGUUGACCCAGUAAAACGAAUCACCAUCCCUGAGAUCCGUCAACACCGUUGGUUCCAGACUCAUCUUCCUCGUUAUCUUGCUGUUUCUCCACCAGAUACAGCAGAGCAGGCUAAAAAGAUCAAUGAGGAGAUCAUUCAAGAAGUCCUUAACAUGGGAUUUGACAGAAACCAGGUUAUGGAAUCUCUUCGCAACAGAGUACAAAACGAUGCUACUGUUACAUACUACCUGUUAUUAGACAACCGGUUCCGUGUUCCAAGUGGCUAUCUUGAGUCCGAGUUUCAGGAGACAACAGACAGUGGUUCCAAUCCUAUGCGCCCAGCUGAAGCAGCAGCUUCACCUGUAGGCCACUGGGUUCCUGCACAUAUGGAUAACUACGGGUUGGGAGCAAGAUCACAGAUCCCAGCUGACAGAAAAUGGGCUCUUGGACUUCAGUCCCAUGCGCAUCCUCGUGAAAUCAUGAAUGAAGUUUUGAAAGCUCUUCAAGAACUCAAUGUGUGUUGGAAGAAGAUCGGUCACUACAACAUGAAAUGCCGAUGGGUUCCUGGUUUUGCGGAUGGUGAGAAUACUAUGGACAACAAUCAGCUGCACUUCAGAGAUGAAUCCAGCAUCGUUGAGGAUGACUGUGCCAUGACCUCACCCACCGUCAUCAAAUUUGAACUUCAGCUAUACAAAGCACGCGAAGAGAAGUACUUGCUUGAUAUCCAGAGAGUUAACGGUCCUCAGUUUCUCUUCUUGGAUCUAUGUGCCGCCUUUCUCACCGAGCUCCGUGUGAUCUGAACCUUUUUAACCAUUUGUUCAGACAUUUUUUUUUUCUUUUCCCUAUUUCACGGUUUGUAAUAGUAGAGAAGAUCAUAUAAUAUGUGGGUGCAGUGUUUUACUUUGCCGGGUUACUUUUAUAUACCUGGAUCCUAAGUCAAACUCUACUGUAAUACUGUAAUAGUAACUUUCUUUUUUUUUCUUCCUUUUUUGAAGGUUUUUAAAGGUUUGAUGAUGUGUACAUAAACUUAAGCUGUUUUCAAGAUGCAUUCUGAUUCUUAAA